UUUGAUGAACGGACGGUAGAGGCUUUAUUUUGAAAGAGCUGGCCGGAUGUUGUGCCUGUGCGCAGUGACGGUAGUCUGACGCAGGUGGAGGCAGAGCUGCAGUGCGGACAAACGGGCUGGAGCCGGACAUCCUCACGCCCACAGACCGCCCGUGACAGCCAACCCGGGUCAGCUUCCGCCGGGUCUGUGUUUCUACCUUCGGAGCGGGUUCGGUUGUCUAAUCCGGUCCGGUCGGAAAGGGCGAAGGGGGGCUCCUCAUAUCCUCCUGCCCUUCUGCAGAACUUGCCAACCGGGCCGCGGCAGCGGAGGAUUAUAAUGAGCGCCGCUGGACUCUGAACGGAACCGUUUCCCUCCGGUCUUUCAGCGGGUCUGCUCAGCUUGGGGCGGCUGGUUCUGACCCGCCGUGGAUCAAUCAAUGACAGCCUGAAAUAAAUGGUGGUGUGAUCUCAGUGGGAGUCUGAGGCCCCCACCUCACAGAGAAACGGUGGGUUUUCUGGACCAGAACGUUUUGUGCCGAAGUAAAAUCCCAGAUGAAGAUUCCCAAAAGGCGGAAAAGGAGCGGACGGUGCGCCAGAUAAAUGGCUCUUUUAAGCUGGGAGCUGCUCGUGUUCUGUCUGGCUGGCAGAUGCAGUGCCUAGUCCCCGGCCUCCAGGACAACGGCAACAUGAACGGGACGUCCGAGCAGGCCGACAUCCUGCCGCCAAACUGCAUGGUCAAAGACCGAUGGAAAGUGCUAAAGAAGAUUGGCGGCGGGGGGUUCGGUGAGAUCUAUGAGGCCUUGGACCUUCUGACGCGGGAGAACGUGGCGCUGAAGGUGGAGUCGGCCCAGCAGCCCAAGCAGGUGCUGAAGAUGGAAGUGGCGGUGUUGAAGAAGCUUCAGGGUAAAAACCAUGUCUGUAAGUUUAUUGGCUGCGGGAGGAACGACAAAUUCAACUACGUGGUCAUGCAGCUUCAGGGUCGGAACCUGGCCGAUCUGCGGAGAAGUCAGCCCAGAGGAACCUUCACUAUGAGCACCACCCUGCGACUCGGCAAGCAGAUCCUGGAGUCCAUUGAAGCCAUCCACUCAGUGGGGUUCCUGCAUCGAGACAUAAAACCGUCAAACUUUGCGAUGGGCCGGCUUCCCUCCACCUACAGGAAGUGCUACAUGCUGGACUUUGGUCUGGCGCGACAGUACACCAACACCAACGGAGAAGUCCGACCGCCAAGGACGGUGGCAGGUUUCAGAGGGACGGUCCGCUACGCUUCAGUAAACGCUCACAAAAACAAGGAAAUGGGUCGCCAUGACGACCUCUGGUCUCUGUUUUACAUGUUGGUGGAGUUCGCUGUGGGACAGCUGCCAUGGCGAAAGAUCAAAGACAAGGAGCAAGUAGGUCAGAUUAAGGAGCGUUUUGACCACAAGAUGCUGCUCAAACACAUGCCUUCAGAGUUCAGUAUCUUCCUGGACCACGUCUUAGCCCUGGACUACUACACCAAACCAGAUUAUCAGCUGCUGAUGUCUGUGUUCGAGAACAGCAUGAAAGAGCGAAUCAUCACUGAAAACGAGCCAUUUGAUUGGGAGAAAGGUGGAAGUGACGUCACGCUGUCAACCAGUGCCUCCACCCAGCCUCUGCAAAAUACUCGACCCACUGCAGCCAUGGUUGGUGCCAUUGUGACCCCGGUUCCUGGAGACCCUCAGAGAGAAAACACAGAUGACGUUCUUCAGGACGAACAUCUCAGUGAUCAGGAAAAUGCUCCCCCGCCACCAACCAGCCGACCCCCUGGGGAAACAUCUGCUCAGCAUGCCGGAGAACCGGGGGAGGCCUGGGAGGAUACAGACUUUAACCGCAACAGACUCAGGAUUAGCCUGAACAAGGGGGCUCAGGAAGAGGAAGCAGGUAAAGGGGUGUGUCCACCGUCCCCGGUACGAGGAGGAGUCCCAGAGUCACCAACGGGCCAGGGACGAUCUUUGCGAUACCGCAGAGCAAACAGCCCAGAAUCUGAGCGACUGUCUGCUGCUGAGGGCCGGGCCGAUGGCUACGGACAGAGGUCUAGGAUGGACAUGCUGGGAUCUCCAUCUCGUCAUGUAUACUCUUCACAACCAGCUCAGAUGUUGUCUGUUGACCCUGGUUGCCGUGGAGAUCGUCAGGCCAGCGGGCGCCAGGAGGUGUCGGUGGCUUCUGUUGACCAGGAGGCACACAGUAACGCUUUUAUCCGCUCUGUACCUCUGGCUGAGGAGGAAGACUUUGACAGCAAAGAGUGGGUGAUCAUCGACAAAGAGACAGAGCUGCGGGAUUUUCACCCUACCACGUCAGGAACCACAGAUGAAGAGCCUGAAGAGCUCCGCCCCCUGGAGGACCAGGAGGAGAGGAGGAGGCUCAGGGCUGGAGGCGCGGAGCUGGUGGUCCGUCCAAAGACGCACACCCGGGACAGUAGCCGAGGGUUGCUAACGCUAACAGAAGAGGAGGCGUCAAGAAGAAGCGGUGGGAGUCCUGCACAGUCGCCUUGUCACUCGCUGCCAUCAGGACGUCCUCGUCGGAGAGAGUCAGAGCCGAUCGGACCUCAGAGACCGUUGGACGACAGCCGGCAUCAACUACGACCCAAUCAGCUGAAGAGGCUGGCCUCCUACUUCUCCUCCUCCACCCUGGAAACAGAGCAGUAUCCCCACCCGGGCAGCAGCUUUAUACAGAGGAGCCGCUCGGCCGAGAGCAGCCCAGCCCACAUGAUCGGUGCCACCGGCUCGACCCGGCGCCGGCACGCCGGCACUCUGCCGAUGCCUGGCAGCCCCCGCAGCAGACACUCUGUCCUGAACACGCCGAGGGUGCAUCUGCAGCAGAUGCUUGCGAAACUGAUGAACAAGAACAAUAGCUGAGAGGACUGAGAGGCAGACUCAGUUUCAUGACACACGCCUGUCUGCAGCCAUGAAAACACACACACACACACACACACACACACACAUACAUACAGAAGCAGGGCUGGUCAGAACACCUUUGAAAUCUGGAGCACAAUUUGACCCCCUUUAGCUUGAUUUGGUGCCUCGUCAUAAACCGUAACCUGAUUUUAGAGUAGGUCAGUUACCAAGAAAGAAAAUAAAGGAAAUUUAGUUGGUUGAUCUUAUUUGUGGAUAAGUCCUCUACAUUUACUAAGCUUGAGCUUCAACAAACACCCUAAUAAUAAUAAUAAUAAUAAAAAAAUCUAAAAGGAUUCAAAGCAUCUUUGCUAUCUGUGGCCAGCUCUGCAUUCAUAAACAUAAUUAUGAAUGUACACAAAAAACACAACAAACACAGCACACUGACAGCCAGAUCACACAACAAGCCAUAUCAGUGGCUACACACGACACACAAUCAUAUUCACGUAGCUCACAAACUCUUCUUCAAGCUGAUGGCCAACCAGGCAGAAAAGAAGAAAAUCCCUGAAGACGGAAAUUUAUUUCUCAUGCAAUAAACUCUGCAAAGCUGAAGUUGCACACGCCACAGACCUGGAUCACUGGUGGAAAUAAUGUGAAUCACAAUACUUGCUUCUGUGAAGAGGAGCGUCUAACCUAGUGGGGCUGCUAACAGACUGUUAAGCUUUACAGUUUUUGUGCGAGUUUUUUUUUUCCUACCUUUUUGUUUUUGCUAAAAUGAAGGAGUGAUCGUCGAGGAAUGCAGGUCGUCCCAGCGAUCACCUUUUUUGCACCAAGACUUCUGUGUUCGAACACCUUGCCCACCGAGCAAUACGCCGCUAUCGCCAACUCCUCCUCCACACCACCGCACCCACGGAGAUCCACAUGUUUCCUGAUUGUUGCUCCAUUAAACAUUGUCAACAAAGUGUCUGAAGGUGUAAGAGCUGAUUUAUCAAAUGACAGCUGUAAAAAAAAACGUUGCGAGAAAAGUUGUCAGAAAGUAAAGUGCAAGUAAACUUAAGGGCCCUAAUAAUGAAAAAAAAAGUUAUUAAAAUACAAUGUAGCAAUAUUAUAUUAAAAACAUUAGCUAAAGAAAAGUUAAACUGGCUUUAAAAAUUCAUAUCUACAAAAGGGAUAACUAUUAACAUUUCAUCAUUUAUUUGCCAAUAUUUAUCAAAUAUAUUCAAACAUAAAAAGGUUAUUUUGACAAAAUGAAAGUAAUAAACUAAAUACCUUUAAAACACUUCUUUUUUUGAGCAAAGGUAGCGAAUAGUUUUUAUUUUGUUUUGUCUUUAUUUCAUUAAAAAUUGGCAAUGUUUUAAGUUAUUAUUAGUUGUGACAAAACUAAGUGUUGGGAUAUGAAUGUGUUCUUUGAAAAUACACAAAAACAUACAGCUUAUGAUGCACAAAGUUGUGUGUUGGUGUUGUUGCAUUUGUAGGAUGAACAAAUAAUUAACAUAUGGGUUGGAUAUGUAGGGAUCUUAAAAGAUUAUUUCUCUCAUCUGAGGUCUUUCAUACCAAAACAACAAUUAUUAUUUUUGAUUUUCUACUUCUUUUUAUAGUUGCUUAACAUCAAAGAUCUAUGCAUCAGAUCAACUUAAAAUCUGUGUUAGGCAUGCUAAAUUUAGCACAACAACAUGUCAGAUUUUUAGGUUUUUGGAUGCUUCUAUUUUAUAGCGAUUGCCACCACAAAGUCGUAAAAUGGGUUGACAUUUAGUCCAAUGCUGAGUGAUGUUCCUCGGGAACAGAACACUAAUAUUUAGGAGUUGGUGGUAAAGUGCAAAUCUCAGCAUGCAAAUUUGGGGAUGCUAAUGUUACAGUUUAACAUUUUUUGUGUUUAACAAUUCACCACACAAUAUGACAAACAAAGUCUGGUCACAAACAUCAGUUGAGCCAGACUCAGAUUGUAUUGGUCUUACCUGCAACCUGCUACAUCCAGUGCUGAGCAAAACAAACAUUGAAGUACUUGUGCUGACAUGUGAAUGUUAGCAUGCUAACUUUGUCAUGCUAAUGUUAACAUUUUGGCAUUUUAACAGCUUAGGAAUCAAAUCAGACAAAACAGAAAAUUCAUGUAUCAAACCAAUGAGAGCCUUUCAAUUGAAACCAUUUAAAAAUAAUAAUAAUUAUGUUAUUGGUCCUGUACUUUGCCUCCCCUCUAUUAUAUUAAAAAGUUGUACAUUUUGUAGGGAAGUUUACUAGAGAUUGAUUAUUUUGAGGCAAUAUGAGCGUAGUAAUUUUUCUACUUAUAGUUGUUUCCAAUUUACUUUGAUUUCUCAGUAUUGUACUACAGAUUGAAUUUACACAAUAUUUUUAAUCAAAUCGUCAUACAAAGGGGUUCCCAUUGUCUAUCUGGGAUGUUGGCAUGCUGACAAAACUUGUUUCUGAAUGCUCUCACUAUUCAAUACUUAGCGUAGUGUAUAGGGCUUUCACAAUUUGUUUGGUUGUCCGAAUCAACAUUUUUCAAAAUCCAGUGCCCUAGAAAUUUCCCAGAAGUCUCAGCAACAAAUUAAUAUGCAUUGAUUUGGGGGAACAUAGGCCACAAUGCAUUAAAUCUUAAUGAUUUUUCAUUGGAAAGUAAAGCAUUUAAAUUUCCUUUUUAUAAAUUGUCAAAGUUUUCAUCAUCAGAACACAGUGGAUUAAAAAAUAGUUUAGUAAAAUGUUGAUGUUUUCACGUCAAAUGGGUGAUGUCAUAUUUGACGAUUACGAAACAAAGUUGUGAGUUGUAAAAUCAAGAUUUUGUGAAGAAAACGGGCUUAUAGUUGAUCAGGACAGGCGUCUUCUUUGUCAAGUUCUGCCAUUAACACUGCUAUAGAAGGCUGGUUGGAGAUUUUUUAUCUAACCGGUAUCAACAUGCAGUUAGGUGUUUUGUUUGAGUUACUGUUACAUUCAGGUCUUCCAAAUGGUGCAACCUUUCCAUUAUUCAUCAGUUGGAAUACAAUGAAAAGGUUAUUUUCAUGUUGGUUUCAGUCGGAACAACUGUGAAGAGUUUUGAACUUUAGAUUGCUUAGCUCUAUCGUUUUAGCUCCAAACCAGCAAAGCAAAGGAUGGUUGUUUUUUUGUUGUGGUUUUAAAGUGUUUUCUUGUCCAGCCAGUUAAAUUUUUUUUUAAUGGAAUUUUUCUGAAUGGUAUUUUUGUACCAUUGUUAUUGAGCUUCCUUUUUCACAACGUUUUUUCCCUACACUUUACUGUUGCACUUUAUCACUGAGUUGGCCAGACUUGGAAAUCAGGCCGGGAAAUGCGUUGGAACAGGUCAAUUCAAAUGCAAAAUGUAAAUGCAAUAAUGUUGGAUAUUAGUGAAGGGAAAAAUAGACCUCUUAAGUAUGUAUCUUAUGAAAAUGCCUUUCUAUCAUUUUGAAUUAUUUUAGUUCCAGAACUAUCAGGAUCCACAUUCAGAAACCUGAAUUAUUCUUAAAUUCCAUGACAUUCUUUAACUCUGAGCAAAAUGCAGAACAGGGUUUUGGCAUUUACCUGAAAGACAAUACUAAAAACAGUCUCUUCCUCUGUUGAUAAAUAAUGACAGGCUAAACUUAAAUGACAGUCAGAAUAUGUUCUAGAGGCAUGUAAUUCAAACAUAGCUUGAGGGCUUUUCUAACCAGUUCAAAACAGGCUCAACCUUUUUAUUGAUUUUAGUUGUCAAAUAAAAAUGGUGGUAAAUGUGAAUCAUGUGAAACUGACAAUAAAUUCCCCAUAAAGAACAAUAGAUUCUUUGUACUUAGAUGUAGUUCUUUCUCUUAGGAGAUUCUUUUGCACAUUGUAUUCAUCCUUAAAGCUUGGGUUAUUGUAACACGCUUAUGACUGUUUUAAAGAAGAGAUUGCCCUGUUGCUUGUUUUUAUCUGCAACUUAAAGGUUCUAAGCGGUGGUGAAGCUUGAUAGAUAUUUGGUUUUAUAUGCUGUAUUCUGGUAAUGUGGGAUGCUGAAGUUGUCCACACUCAGGUUUCCACUAAUAAUGCCUUCAUCAUAGAGGUACACAAUCGAUACCAGAAGUUUUAUCAUUCUAAAGAAAACUGUUGUACCACCAACAUAAUGUAGAGACAUUGAUGGCAUGAUUUGAUUGGCUACCACAAUGCUUUAAAGCUGUAGUCUGUGUACAGCCAAUCCUGAAAGUUGUAUAGUACACUUUGCUUUUACUAUUAUCCAAUGGACUUCUAUGAGUGGUGCAACAGUUCAUAGCACAGCAUCAUAAUCAAAGUUAUAUGAAAAACAAUUCUUCCAGUGCUGUCAGUGAUGUGGUUGCACCAAAGUCUAGGGGAACAUUCUACGCACUGCUUAAUCAGACAGGAAAUGGCAAAGCUUUUCAUGACUUAGUUUAAGAUUGUUUUCACUUUGAGUAAAACAAACUGCAGACAUUUUCAAGCAGUUGCAACAGCUGCUCACUAGAAAAUAUUUCAAUUUUAUUUAUACAGCCCACUGUUACAACAACAGUUGUCUCAAUGGACUUCAUAGGGGUAGUUUCACCCAAAUUGCUCAAAAAGCACAAAGAAGAAACCUGGCUAGUUCUUUGAGCACUAUAUAUUCACAAAAGCCCUAUUACUUACAAGACAUUUACAACCUUCUUUACAACUUCUAAUUUCUUCUUUUUUUUUUUUAACCUCAAACAGUAUUUUUAUUCCAUCGCUCAUCUUGGAUGCACCAGGAGUGGACCAUCACUAAAAGCACUAACUGCAAGUGAACGGCACCCUUGUUUCUAAGCAGACAGCUGUUUGCUUCUUCAGUAUUUAUCAGAUUUUGGGGGGGAUUUCUCACCUGCUGGUUGUGUCAGGAAACACACUCUGCAGACUGAAUGAGCCAAUGAGAAUGCAACUCUUGACUUGAAUCUCAAAGGCAGUUUAAAUUGACAUUGAACUAAAAAGUUUGCUAUUGCAUCGUUGGAAGUGUCACUAGUUUUGCACCUCAUUGAUGAUGUUAAAUUUUUGUUCAAUUAUUAGCAAUUUUCUUGUUUCACAAUGGAAACUGUGGCAGUACCAUAGAUGGGAAAAAGGAUGUGGUCAUGUGAUUCUAAUGGGUCAGAUGACCACAUCACAUGGUUGGAACAGGUCAAUUCAAAACCAUUUUUGUGGCUCUGUGUUUGAUAUUUUGCCAGUCUGCGGUUUAAGGUUAUAGCUACUUGUUAAUUAAAAGGCCGCACCCCCAUGGUCAAUUUUAGAAUCAGUGGUGAGGUGUAUAAAAAGAUACCCCCGGUACAGUUAGUACAGUCUAGUAGUCAAAGGGAUGAAAAAGGUUUUGGUCAUGGGUCAGUUAGUAUUUAUAUUUCUUUCUGCUUUGUUUGCACGUUGCGGGGUGGUCAUUUUUUGGUUCAAUGUCAUCUCAUGUUUUAGUUUGCUAUUUUUUAAAUCCCUUUUCUUGAUAUUACUGAAUCUGCAGGACCUCGAGUGUUUUUGGAAAAGAAGUAUGAUGUUGCCCUUGAAGAUUAGAUUUAUGCACCCCCCUUAAUGCACCCCUUAGUAGACCCUUGAUUUAAUGCUUCUUUGGGGAAAGACUUUGACUUCUAUAUUGAAAGCUAGUCUCAAAGCUAAGUCAAGUCACCAGGUAACCGCUUAGUGGACUAUUACAUAUACAAGGGAUUCUCCAUCAACUUCAAUGAAAACUAUAUAAUUUCAAGUAGAAAUAAACAUACUUACAGCCUGGUUUUAAAUCUUUUGUAACUGCUGUUGAUGGGUGUAAUAUCCAUAUUGUACUGGCAGUGAUUUUUCCAUUUGGACCACAACACAUCUUUAAUUUAAAUAAGGUGUUGCCAUUUGACUGGACCAAUUGAAUAAUCGGCUAAAGCAUGGCCUCCCAGGGUGUGAUGCAACAGCUGUAAGGCUUGUUAUGUCUUUUUGCCCAUUUGUGAAAAUGUUGGUCUGAUAUAACCUACAUGGUAAUGGGUAGGGAAGCUUAAAAACAGGCUCAAAUAAUCCCAAUAGAAACCAGUGGAUCAUGUCAAUACCCAAUAUCCAUUUGUAUUUAGCUGUGGUUCCCUCUUUGCUAAUGAUUUAGUUAAAAAAACGAAACAUUUUAGGUUUCAGUUUAAGCCUCUGAUUAACCAGACUACGUAUGGAGUGAGCAGUAGAACAAAAGAUUGUUUUAAGUACCAAACAACUUCUCUCGUUUCUUGAAAGAAUAAAUUCAAUUUUUCCCCUCAGUUGUGUAGAAGCAAUCUCAAAGCGAAAACAGAGAAACUUCAGCUCACCCAGCAUCAACCACUGCAGUUUUACCCAUCUGCUUGGAGAAAAGGGUUAGCCAGAAGUUUUUGCAAAUCUUAACCAUCAGCUCAAUCUAUUUAUAUUAAGGACACUUUAGCUGCAUUUAAUGUACUGGUUUUUAUGACAAAUAUCCAUUAAAAAUGAAAAUCUUUUUUUUUUCUUUGUCAAAAAAUUGCCAACCUUUACCUGUCAUAAUUUACUUGUUUGCACCGGAAGCUUGUUUUGAAAGCGUUUAUUCACUGUGACACCGUAAGAAGCCACAAACUCGACUUUGGGAGCAGGUUGGAGUGGGCGGAUGAGUCAACACAAACCCUAAACCAGUAGUGUUUCCUACCAUGAAAGUUUGAUGCUUCAACUGUGUUUCUAUCAAUCAAAAUCCUCAUCUCCAAACCUUUGUUUGUGCCUGGUCCAAAUGUCACAGAAACAGAACAUUGUGAGCUUUAAGAAGGUUUGGAUAAGCUAUCAGCAUGGUCGUGGUAGUUCUGUUAAACAAUCAUCACUGGUGAUUUUAAGGGGUUUAGUUGUUGAGAUGCUGAUAAAACCUGAGGCCAUCCAGACAUGCCUGAAAGAUCUGCAUGUACUAUUUUUUUCUGUGCAUUGAGACUGAUGAUUUUUUUGGCGAUGGUGAGUGUAAAGAAGCUUUGUUUAGACAUGGCUGCUGCUAAUAAAGUAGCAGUCUUUGGUUUGCUGCUUUUUGCCUCAUUUAGGCAUCUGUACAAAAGUUCAAAUCUGAUUAAGAUUCACAUUUUGUGCAAUGAAAGCGCAUGUUGCUUUCCCAGUGUAUUAAAGGGCUACAUUACCUAAAUAUGCACUGCUUGCUGACUCAUUUGGCUGGUAUUUGAUACAUUCUCUUUCUGUUGAAGCUCAUUGGGGCUCCAUGCUAACAGAGAGGGUACCUGGGCUUGUUUUCAUGCUGCCUCACGCUGAGUUAAGAGUGCCCUGUUUAUUUUAUAUGCUGCGUAGAGGUAGAAUACCACCACUUAGGGAAUGUAUGUAGUGGACUUGCUGCUAACUUUAUUUUUACUGGUUAGCAAAGUGAUACUGUGUAAGAUUGUCACUGUUUUUGCUUUGCAUUUCCUCAAAGGUAGUUAAGAGUUUGGGUUGUUCCCAGUGGGCUGUGACAGCUGGUGAAUUGGCUAAAAUAAUCUAUUGGUCUUAUUUUAAAUUACUCAAACGGAAUGUUGCAUGGUAUCCUGGAGAAGUUUUGGCUGAAACUGUUGUAAGCAAACAUCUCUCAGAGUUUAUGCACCUGGACCAUCUCAUUUUUGUCAGUCACAGUUUAGUUGUCUCUCUUGGGAUUAUUUCUGCCAAAAACUUUGAGGGAAAUAAUUUCCAUGCAAAUUAUUGUAGGUGAUCAAAAGGUUCAAUCUUGAGAAAACCCACCGUGUCGGGAGACUUUUUGGAAUCUCCCUCAAGAAUGCUGUUCUGAUCGCUAACAGUCACAGCCCAGUAAGCUCCAAGCGACCCACAGCAGCGAUCUCAGUGAAGAAUGACAGCUGACUGUCACUUCUUUUUGCACGAGAUCUACUCUUUCUAUGUCCUACAUUCUACUUCUGACUGUAAAGGAUCACAUUAGCACCGGACUGUCAUUGCAAAGACACAGUGAACAUAAACUUUGACAAAGUUAAAUCUGAGAAUGUUUGUUUUUUGUAAAUAAUUACACUUGAAGAGGCAUUCACUGAUCAGAACAGUAGACAUUUGUUGACUUUAAGUCACAGGCAGUGGCUUUUACUGUUUCAAUCAGUAUUGUUUGAAACAUGUGUACAUUUUGUAGGAGAGAUUCAUGAUGGAUUACUUUAUAAAAUAUAGAAAUUUCAAUUGAUUGUGUAAUAAUUGCUAUGGCAGUGUCCUUGCAAUGCACUGUUACCUGUUAAGAAAAUAUGAAAAUUGUGUAUUUUUGUUCCAGAGCCGUUUUUCAGAUCAGUGUGAACCUGAAGUGCAAAGAUUUGCUGUUUUUUUUUGUAAUCAUUUUUUUUGUGUGCUAAGAAGCUUUGUCAGCCUAAAAAGUUAUCACACUGAAUACGUUUUGGACUAAACAAGAAAUUUGAUUAAAAUAAAAAUCAUGUUUUGUCUUGUAUUUAUCAGAUCAUCAAGAUGCUGUGAAAAAAAUAAAAUUGAAUAAAGCUACAAAUGAUUGUGAAAGGGCCAACUUGCCCAUUAGCUAAAAUAAAAAAAAUGAAUCUAAAUUUUUUUCAUAGUAAGAAAUGUUUUUUUUCUAACUUCUAUCAUAGAUUUUGGGAUAGAAACUCUUCCGAAAGGGAUUAAACACAGUAGAAUUUUAGGAAUAACCUAUAUAUAAAAGUGGCGUGUGCUUUCCCACACAGAUAUGUCAUAUUUGAUAUUUCAAAGGAAUAACAGGGUGAUAUUGUACAGAUACUACAUCUGUAAAGAAAGCUAAAGUAUCCUGUAUUUAGAGAUGAACAUCACAUCAAUGCCCCAUUCUUGGUAAUCACACAAAAUCACUCCUUGUUCCACCAAUUCACAAAGGACCAGUCAGAAAUUCAACCUCAAACCUCAAACUGGAUCACAAAGAAAAAAUAAUUUCAUAAAAAAAGAAAAAGAUUGGUUGGUCAUCACUUUUGCAAUAAAGCUUCUGUUGUUGAGUGUAAAAGAACUGUUUGUUAGACACAAAGACGAGUCUUUCAUUUGUACAAAUAACAAAAGCAUUUUUUCUACCACUAGACGGUUGUACAGUUCUGCUUGUAUAAUUUACAGGUAUAGCAUGUAUUUUAAACUUUUUGUAAAUCCAAACAACUGCUGUGUAAAUAUAUACAGAAUUGUAGAAAGUAAUUAAGUUUGCAGUUAAUCUCAAAUAGCAUGAUGAACAGCUGGGUUUAGUAGGUAUGUACAGGCUGUAUGUGAAAUCAUUAUGAAGGGAAACACUUGAAAAUCACCUGAUAUUAGACUGCGUCCUGUCUAAAGAUAAACUCUGCAAUGCAUUUUUUUGUGCCUUUUAUAUCAAUGUAUGUAAUCUAGACAAUCUUGAAAAGCUUGUGUACAACCAAAAUGUCAAUAAAAUGAUUCUAGGGGCAAAUG